ACUCUUGCAGAUCACCACCCAUCUCUUUGGUUGUCUCAUUCUCUUCGCAUAAUAUUACACUAAUGUUCCCCCCCUUUCUACACACUUCCAUACACAGUUCUCAAAACUCUUCUUUCUAAGAGCAGUCUCAAUUGUAAAAUAACUGUAAGAUUGGGAGCAUGGCUGCAAUGGCAAUGGCAGCAACUGCUAGCUCUAGCACUGUUCUCAGGCCAACUCCAUUUCUUGGCCAAAACAGGGGAGUCAACGCCAACCCUCUUAGAGAUGUUGUGCCCAUGGGAACUGGGAAAUACACCAUGGGAAAUGAUCUGUGGUAUGGGCCAGACAGAGUGAAGUACUUGGGACCCUUUUCAGCUCAGACUCCAUCAUACUUGACUGGAGAAUUUCCAGGUGACUAUGGCUGGGACACUGCUGGAUUAUCUGCUGAUCCGGAAGCCUUUGCUAAGAACAGGGCUCUUGAGGUGAUCCACGGCAGAUGGGCAAUGCUUGGAGCACUGGGCUGCAUCACCCCAGAAGUUCUUGAGAAAUGGGUCAGAGUAGACUUCAAAGAGCCAGUAUGGUUCAAAGCUGGAGCUCAAAUCUUCUCAGAAGGUGGCCUCGACUAUCUGGGCAAUCCCAAUCUUGUUCAUGCUCAAAGCAUCCUAGCAGUGCUAGGCUUCCAAGUCAUUCUCAUGGGCUUAGUCGAGGGAUUCCGCAUCAACGGCCUUCCUGGAGUUGGAGAGGGCAAUGAUCUUUACCCAGGUGGCCAAUACUUCGAUCCUCUUGGCCUUGCUGAUGACCCUGUGACAUUUGCUGAACUCAAGGUGAAGGAGAUCAAGAACGGCCGGCUAGCCAUGUUCUCAAUGUUUGGUUUCUUCGUCCAAGCCAUCGUCACCGGCAAGGGCCCGCUUGAGAACCUCUUGGACCAUCUUGACAACCCUGUUGCCAAUAAUGCAUGGGUCUAUGCCACCAAGUUCGUGCCCGGAUCUUAAACUGAACUUGGGUCCCUCAAUCUUGUUUCAUGUGAUCUAAAUAGAAUUGGAAGUCCAUGUGUAGUUAACGUAAUUUCAGACUUAAAAACUUACAAAUGUGUAUUUGCUUUA